GUAGUCUAACAGAGUCAGGACAAGAUGAAACUCGUCAUCCUAGCGGUUGCCGUUUCCCUGGCAGUUCUUGCCAGCGGAUCCUACGUUCCGAGCUCGAGGACCGAAGCGAAAUACGCCGACAAGGAAUUCCUGUUCAAGCAGAAGUUCUUUUUCGAGGUGCUUCGUAACAUCCAUUUGCCGCUGAAGUAUGAGGAGUACAUGCCUUAUACCAAGACCUGGGUUUCGGACGAGUCCAAGUACAUUGACUUUACCCAAGUGCGCGAAUUCUUCGAUUUUUACAAGACCGGCAGCUUCCUGGAGAAGGGCGAAAUCUUCAGCAUCUAUAACGAGCAGUACUUGCGCCAGACGUACGCUCUGUUCAGCUUCUUGUACAACAGCGCCGAUUGGGAUACCUACUACAAGAAUUUGAUCUGGGCUCGUGACAAUGUCAACGAGGGCAUGUUCAUCUAUGUCGUGCACCUGACCGUUAUGCACCGCAGCGACCUGCAGGGCCUGGUUCUACCGGCCAUCUACGAGAUCUACCCGUACUACUUCUACAACACCGACGUGAUCCGUACCAUCACCUACAAGAAGCUGUACGAGCCCAAGUUCGGUUUCUACGGCAAUGGCAAGUACAACGUCGUUUACGCCAACUACACCGCCUCGUACCCGGUCGACUAUUACAACAACUUCUACAGCGAGGAGAUGAUCAGUUACUUCACCGAAGAUAUUGGACUGAACGCGUACUACUACUACUUCAUGAUGGACUAUCCGUUCUUCCUGGGUGGAGACAAGUUCGGUUUGAUGAAGGAUCGCCGUGGAGAACUCUACUGGUACAUGCAUCAGAUGCUGCUGGCCCGCUACAACCUCGAGCGUAUGGCGAACUACAUGGGCACGGUUAAGCCGUUGGUGUGGCGUUUCCCGCUGAAGACCGGAUACUUCUCGCUGCUCAGCUACUGGAACGGAAUGCCGUUCAAGAGCCGCGACUACAACUACCAGAUCAGUGACGAGAUGUACUACAAGCUGGACUGGAUCCAGGGCUGGGAGCUCAAGAUCCGCAAGAUCAUUGAGGAUGGUUUCUACUUCAUGGCCGAUGGAUCUCGCGUCGACUUGCGCCUGCCGGAAUCGAUCAGCUUCUUUGGCGAUCUGCUCAACUCGAACGUCGACAGUGUCAAUUCCAACUACGCCGGCUACAUUGAGGUGUUCUCGCGUCUGCUGCUCUCCGGAAAUGACUUCAACGCCUACAAGGUGUGGCCGUCAGCGCUGAUGCAGUUCGAGACUAGCCUGCGCGACCCGGUGUUCUACCAGCUGUACGAACGCUUCAUGGAUCUGUACUACUACUUCAAGAGCUUCUUGCCCAGCUACACCUACGAGGAACUCAACUUCAAGGGAGUCUACGUCAAGGAUGUUACCUUCGAUAAGCUUGUCACCUACUUCGAUUUCUUCGAUUCGGACGUGUCCAACGUUCUGCCCAUGCCGAGCGCCGAUAAGUACUUCGACUACAGCAUCUUUGCGCGCCAGCGUCGUCUCAACCACAAGCAGUUCAGCUACACCAUGAACGUGAUGUCCGAGUAUACCGGCAAGGCCAUCGUGCGCACCUUCCUGGGUCCGAAGUUCGACAAAAUCUACGAUCUGCAGUUCUACAAGAAGUACUUCGUCGAGGUUGACCAGUACCUGGUUGAUAUGACCGCCGGUAAGAACACGUUCAUGCGCAACUCGCGCGAGUUCUUCUGGAGCGUCAAGGACCGCACGAUGUACACCGAACUCUACAAGAAGAUCAUGCUCGGCUACAACGGACAGGAGAAGUUCUACCUCGACAUGUCCGAGGCUCACUGUGGCUUCCCCGAUCGUCUGAUCCUGCCGAAGGGCUGGACCAACGGUAUGCCGAUGCAGUUCUACUUCAUCAUCACGCCCUACACCGCCUACCCGACCUACCCGACCGAGAGCAGCUUCUACGAUAAGUCGUACAUGUGCGGUGUUGGCAGUGGAAUGCGCUUCUACGACAACCUGCCGCUGGGCUAUCCCUUCGAUCGCGUCAUCAACUUCAACUACUUCUUCACCAAGAACAUGUAUUUCAAGGACGUGCUCAUCUACCACAGUGACGAGUACAAGAUGAACCAGACCUUCUAAGUCGCCUGUUCUCCGAUAAGAUCACACGCAAUGAAUCUACAAUAAAGACACAACGAUAGUUGAAUGAGCAAACAUUA